CGGGGUGUUUGAACAGGAAGGCGGACAUGUUGGUCAGGCUCAGAAAAUCGGGCAUCGUCUGCUGUUUUUCUCCGAAAACGAACACACGUCUAAACCCGAUUUCUAAGUCUUCGAUCUGAGAGAUAAGACAGUUUGGACUCGGAACAGACGACGGUCAAAGACAGUGCACAGGAUGCGGCGGAAGGACUGCCGUUAAACGUUGUAACGACGCGUUUAAACCUGAUCGAAAUUUGGAAGAAGCAGAAGUUUUUCCCCCACCACUUCUACUUUUGAGCUGUCAGAUUCUAUUGUCGUUUUCUGCAAGGGCCUGGCACAGAUACGGGAACGGGCCUGGACUAACCUUCCCACGAACUGUGCAUUCCAAAAAGACAUUACAUUUACGUUUUAAUUGCCUUUUGUUUGGAUGCACCAACGUUUUAAGCCCUUAUCCUGGUGUCCUGCGGAGGCUGACUAAUCUGUCGCCGCAUUUAUCUUUGCCACUGAAGUUGUUUGCCACUCAUACUGGGAAAACAUCUUUCCACUCUGAAAAUGUGGCUUUUGUAUAUUCAAUAUAAAUAUAAACUUUUCAUCGUCUGUGAAAGCUCGAGGAGAACGAUGUAUUUUCUUUGAAGUGAGGUGUAAAGUUCACACGAAGAAAGGGACAUUUGGCUAGCUAGCUACCGCUGGCUGCUAAAGCUAGCUAGCCAGCCUUCUGCCUCGCCAGUGAGCUGUUUUUGUUCAUAACAUCGGGGAGUUCAACAGCAAAAAUGUCUGCUCAGGAAAGUUUGGAGGCUCGAUUUGAAAAAAUCGACGCCAUGUUGAAGGACCCAAAGUCAGAAGUAAACACGGAUUGUCUUCUGGAUGGCUUGGACGCACUGGUGUAUGACCUUGACUUUCCUGCCCUGAGGAAAAACAAGAGCAUUGACAACUUUUUGAAUAGAUACAAGGAAACCAUUAGUAAAAUCCGUGAUCUACGCAUGAAAGCGGUAGACUAUGAGGUGGUUAAAGUUAUUGGAAGGGGGGCAUUUGGAGAGGUGCAACUGGUAAGACACAAAGCCACAAGCAAGGUAUACGCCAUGAAGCUGCUGAGCAAGUUUGAGAUGAUCAAGAGGUCGGACUCUGCUUUCUUUUGGGAGGAGAGGGACAUUAUGGCCUUUGCCAACAGCUCAUGGGUGGUGCAGCUCUUUUUUGCAUUCCAAGAUGACCGCUACCUCUACAUGGUGAUGGAAUACAUGCCCGGUGGCGACUUGGUAAACUUGAUGAGCAACUAUGACGUCCCAGAGAAGUGGGCCCGCUUUUACACAGCUGAGGUGGUGCUGGCUCUAGAUGGAAUCCACGCCAUGGGCUUCAUUCACAGGGACGUGAAGCCUGAUAACAUGUUGCUAGACAAAGCAGGCCACUUAAAACUGGCAGACUUUGGGACCUGCAUGAAAAUGAAUAAGGAUGGUAUGGUACGAUGCGACACAGCGGUGGGAACUCCAGAUUACAUUUCGCCUGAGGUACUGAAAUCCCAAGGAGGAGAUGGCUAUUAUGGCAGAGAGUGUGACUGGUGGUCAGUGGGAGUAUUCCUGUACGAAAUGCUAGUUGGUGACACUCCUUUCUACGCGGACUCCCUGGUGGGGACCUACAGCAAAAUUAUGAACCACAAGAAUGCCCUGACCUUCCCUGACGACAGUGAAAUCUACAAUGACGCCAAGAAUCUCAUCUGUGCUUUCCUAACUGACAGGGAAGUUCGACUUGGCCGUAAUGGUGUAGAUGAGAUCAAGAGGCACCCUUUCUUCAAGAAUGACCAGUGGACAUGGGAGAAUAUCAGAGAGACGGCUGCCCCAGUAGUGCCUGAACUGAGCAGCGACAUUGAUACUAGUAACUUUGAUGAUAUCGAGGAGGAUCGGGGGGAGGAGGAGACCUUCCCCAUACCAAAGGCCUUUGUGGGCAACCAGCUGCCCUUCGUAGGCUUCACUUACUACAGCAAUCAGCACCUUUUGCGCAGGUCCACCAGCACCACGAAGGCCAGUGACAAACGUAGCAGCUCCACAAAAGAAGACAAGAGUCAUCUGGAGAACCUGCAAAAAAGGAUCUACCAGCUGGAGGAGCAGCUCCACAGUGAGAUGCAGCUGAAGGAUGAGUUGGAGCAGAAAUGCAGGACAUCAAACACCAAGAUUGAAAAGAUCAUGAAAGAACUGGAUGAAGAGGUGAACCUGAGGAGGAGCGCAGAGACCAGCAUGUCUGUGCUGGAGAAGGACAAGAUCAUGCUGCAGCACAGAUUCACAGAGUACCAAAGAAAAGCUGACCAGGAGGCAGAGAAGAGGCGCAAUUUGGAGAACGAGGUGUCAACUUUAAAAGAGCAGCUUGAAGAUAUGAGGAAGAUCAGCCAGAACUCUCAGGCCUCAAAUGACAAGAUUGUCCAGCUACAAAAGCAGCUGGAAGAGGCCAAUGACCUCCUGCGAGCCGAGUCAGACACCGCGGCAAGACUGAGGAAGAGCCACACAGAGAUGGCCAAGUCAGUGAGCCAGUUGGAGAGCUUGAACCGUGAGCUACAAGAGAGAAGCCGCGCAGCAGACGGGGAGAAGGCCCAGCUGGAGAAGGAACUCCUGCUUCUUCAGAGCACCCUGGACUCAGAGAGGAGGAACUACAGCCAGGACUCCGAGGAGAUCAGGGAGCUCGGAGCGAGGAUGGCAGGCCUGCAAGAGGACAACAAAAGCUUGAAGCUCAGCCUCUCCAAAGUGGAAGCUGAACGCAAACAGGCCCAGGAGAGGAGCAAUAACCUGGAGAAGGAGAAGAACAAUCUGGAGAUAGACCUGAACUACAAACUGAAGACCUUGCAGCAGCGUCUGGAGCAGGAACAGACUGAGCACAGGGUGACGCGGGCCCAGCUUACUGACAAAUAUGAGUCUAUUGAAGAAGCCAAGUCAGCUGCCAUGAAUGCUGUUCAGCAGAAGAUGUCUGAGGAGAAUGGGGCGAGGAUGCGAGCGGAGAGCCGGGUAGUGGAAGUUGAGAAGCAGUGCUCAAUGUUGGAGUUCGACCUCAAGCAGUCUGUGCAAAAGAUGGAGCAGCUGAUGAAGCAAAAGGAAAGGCUGGAAGAUGAGGUGAAGAAUCUGCGGAUACAGGUAGAACAGGAGUCAAGCAAGCGCGUGCUGGCUCAGAACGAGCUGAAGAGCCGCACGCAGGAGGUGGACCGUCUGCGGUGUUCAGAGAAGCAGGUCAAACAGGAGAUUAACACAGCACUAGAGAGUAAACGAUCGCUGGAGUUCCAGCUGGCACAGCUGACCAAACAAUACAGAGGCAACGAGGGACAGAUGAGGGAACUUCAGGACCAGCUUGAGGCCGAACAGUAUUUUUCUACACUUUACAAAACUCAGGUCAAGGAACUAAAGGAGGAGAUUGAGGAAAAGAACCGGCAGGUACAAGACGCCCAUAAAAAGGUGCAGGAGUUGUGCAGUGAAAGGGACUCCCUCUCUGCCCAGCUGGAUCUGACCGUGACCAAGGCCGAGUCAGAGCAGCUUGCCCGGGCACUUCAGGAGGAAGAGUACUUUGAGCUCAGCCAAGAGAACAAGAAGGCAGCAACUAGACAUAAGCAGGAGGUCGGGGAAAAGGAGGCUACUAUUGCACGGCUUGAGGAAUCCAAUAAAACUCUGACCAAAGAUGUGGAGAACCUCAGCAAAGAGAAGGCCGAGUUAAAUGAGAAGCUUCGUACUCUGGACGGAGUGUAUGCAGCUGAGAAGGAGGAUCUUACAAAUACAAUCAAGGCCACCUAUGAGAAGGUCCUCAACACAGAGCGCACACUGAAGACUCAGGCGGUAAACAAGCUGGCAGAGAUUAUGAACCGCAAAGACAUGAAGCUGGACCAGAAGAAGAAGGGCAGUACUGCCGACCUGCGGAAGAAGGAGAAGGAGAACCGCAAGCUUCAGCUGGAGCUUAACCAGGAGAAGGAGAAGUUCAACCACAUGGCCAUCAAGUAUCAGAAGGAGUUGAGCGAAAUGCAGGCACAACUGGCAGAGGAAUGCACAUAUCGCAAUGAGCUGCAAAUGCAGCUGGACAGCAAGGAGAGCGACAUCGAGCAGCUUCGGGAGAAGCUGAACGACCUGCAACAGCGCAUGGAUAACUCUAGUGUCACCAGCUUGCAGACCGAUGAGACAGACAGCAACAUCGCAGGUAGGGUCACCACAGGGCCUAACUAGACAUUGCUGCUGCUACUUUUACUAUGCAUGAGAAACUCAAGACCCAGAUGCAGGAUUCCUCUGUGACUAUGAAGUCUGGAAAAGAGCUUCUAAGUAGUCUGAGAAUUGCGUAGAAAGAGAGGAGUUCAAAACAACAGCAAAAAUGGUUUUAGGGGUCUUAAAAACGUUGCUGUUGGUGUACUGUUUUGAGAUAUCUUGCACCUUGUGGAUGCAAAAAGGAACCCGUGAGCCAUAUUUGCAUCUUGUGGCCAUUAGAAAGAAAGAUGUGUUUGAUUGAUAAUGUGUGCAGCCACUAUUCACACAUUUGAAUGCCAUAAUUUACCCUCAUCUCAUUUU